CAUGAAGCCUAGACCGGAACCUCGAGGCACAUUCCAAUCAUUCCAGAAGGAAACUAUCGUAGUUGUUAGGAGGAGGAUUGUCGGGAGCCCGAAAACAUCCAUUCCACAGCAACAAGCCAAGCAGAGCCCUAAUUCGGGUGGAUAACAACGCGUAUACUACGUGGAGCCAGGCGGAAAUGCAACCAUGGAAGCCGGAAAUGAGAGCAUCGCAUCCGCCUCCGUUUUCAUCAUGGAGGAACGCCUUCAACAACACUAGCUCCUUCCAGUUCCGCCUGAUCGGCUGGGGCGAAAUCAAUAGUCAGAAGGGAGAGGAUCCAGGGGAGGCACGUGAAGUCCUGAUCAUCCAUUUGCCCGCCUCGGUUCCGAGUCACGGCUCCGCAUAUUCACUUUGUUGAUGCAACUAGUUCCC